AUGAAGAGACUACAAAAAGAUUUAGUAAAAAUUUUAACGAUAAAUACUGUAUAUGUCGCUUAUUUUAGACAUACUGAUUUUUGGCGAUCUUUCUCGUCCGCAUACAUAGUCGCUCGGAUAAAAAUGAGUUUCGAUGGAUUAUCUGGCAGGGCGUUAAACGCUCUUAGUUAUCGUCGGGAGAGUCCAUUAAAUACCUCAGUUUCUCUCUCAUUUAAAGUAAGACCAGGGGGAAGAGGAGUGGCCAUUGGUGUUAUCAAUGGGAAAGCUGUUAUUAUUGAUAAGGGAGCUAUUAGUGAGAUGGAUAUUUGUUGA